GUCACUCCGCUGGUUCGCUAAUCGGUUGUGGAAGCUCUUGGAUUAACUCAGCACUCCAUGGUAAAAUUCUCAUUGUCCCUUUUAUUUUCUGAGUUAUUACUUACUAAACACACAUUUGGAGGGUUUUCCACUAACAUCCUCUCAUGCCCUCGAGCCCUUAGAGCUGGUUUAGAGAUGGAGAAGAGUUCGUUCCCGGGUUAUAUUACAGUAUGUAUCAGACAGCACAUGUAAGCACUGAUAGCCCACUUAUUGGAUUAGCACUGUUGAGUUUAACAACACAAUAAGAAAUUAAAGGCCGAGUUUCUGAAACUUGACCGAAAAUGUUUAAUAGGAGAAUAAAACGAAAUGUCACACACCACAUUUUUAUGUGUACUGUACCGAAUACCUUACAGUAUUGAUUGAUAACAAUUAGAAUGCAAGGCAUUGCCAUACUGUAACUGCUUGCCGGAUAAUGUUUUUCUGAAAUGUAUAACAUAAGUGAUUGUGUUCAGAAUCUUACAGUACAUCUGCAUAAAAUGCACUAGUUGUUCUAUAUACAGUGUACAGAACUAUAACCUGUUACUAAACGUUUCACAGUGGAUAGGCAGCUAGCUUUUCCAGUAAGGCAGAUAAAUUGUCUAGUUAGCUAACAGGUGAGUUUGAUUUUAUUGUUUUGUGUUUAUAUGUUCAUUAAAGCCAGGAAACACCCUGGUCUGUUACUUCCAGCAGACAGACAAUACCACAAGUGGGGAAUGUCCACAGUAGGUUGAUCCAUACUCCCACAAAUGUGUAUUAAAAUAUGAAAAAUAAAAAAACAGGACAUAAAAUGUAAAAUAACUUUGACCUCAUACAUUCUGAUAUUGGUGUUCAUUGUGUCUCAGGAGCAAGAAUUGAUCCGUCCUAUUGUCAAUACCUAUCACAUAAGGCGGACAAUUUAGGCUACAUUCUACUUGAGUAAUUGCUCUUAGAACAGGGAUCCCCAAUUCUGCCCCUGGAUACCAGUAUGUCUGCAGGUUUUCUGUGUCUCUUUCAAGCCCCAGUUCCUAGAGAGCUGGGAGAAGCUGUUUAACAGGUCAAAUUAAGCCAACAAGUAGGAGAGGAUUCAGAUUGUUAAGAGCCCAGCUAGACUGAAAACCUGCAGACACUCCAGCCCUCCGGGACCAGGACAGGAGACCCCAGCUCUAGGAUUGUGUGCAAUCCAAAAUGGAUCUCAAAACGACUGUCGUACAGUAGGAACCUUUAGGUAUUGUAAGGCACGCAGUGCUGGUGCAGUUAAUGGUCCCUAGAUGGAGUUCUGGACGCAGGUCAGAAAAGAUGUGAACCGGGAAAGUAACCAGCACUAUCAAAGCCAAACCGCUAGACGAGAGACGAAGUCGAGGACAGGUUCCGAAUUCAAGGCCACUCGUAAUAUUAGGGAGAGCAAGAGAGGAAGUGCAAGGCAAGGCGUUCCUAAGGAGCUACCAAUACCGAGCAGUGAGAUGAGAGUGGGAGAGGGUUUAAGUACUGUAUGUCUGGAUGUGGAGGGUGCUGUAACCAGUGAGCUAUCCGGAGUGGUUCGUGGGUCUGAUCUGGGCCAUUUUGCGGGGCCUGCCUCCAGCCGGUGCUGGGUUAGGGCGAGACCGUUGGUGUGGAGGGCUCCGACCAGCAGCGGGUGCGACAGCUGUGGAGCAGAAAUGAUCAUAAAGGUAUUACUUUUCUAUUUAUAUCGGGAAAGCCUGACAUAGCUUCACGAGAUCCGAUCUCUGGCGCAGACAUGCCCUUGCUCAAGAGUCACUAUUAUUACUUAUUUGCUUAGCAGACACAAUCCAGCUCAAUCCUGAGCUGGUUCCCCUCAUGACUCGUAGUCAGGACACCUUCGAACUUUUUUUGGACUGGUACCCUUGAUCCCCUUCUCCGUUUCCUCUUUCCUCCUUCCUUUAUACUGUCGGGCUGUUCUCCUCCUGUGUUGGAAAGGACCGAAAUCACACGGCUCUUACGUAAGCCCACCUUUGCUCACAUGUCCCUUCACGUCCCUGUAGUUUGAUGAUGAUUAUUUGAACUGUUUCUUCUGUUUUCAGCAUUAUCUCAUUAUCUCAUUUCUAAUGGACAGACAUGAAGCCUGGAGCAGACACCUUAAAGCUUUUUGAAAUAAUAUACUCUAUGUGUUUGCCAGCACAGGCAACUCUAAAAGAUUUUCUGACUCAGGUUAUUUCUAAGCGAACUCGACACAUUUUAACUUGUCAGACAGCAGAAAAAACGGGGGAAAAGGUGGGAGGGUAAAGGAUUAGGAUUUAUUCCCUUUUUGUUUCUUGGUUUUCAACAGAUGUGUUUCAAUAUGCUUGGUAAGAAAACGUGAGCGGCACCUGAGCGGAUUGAUUUCUGUUACUACAGGAACUAAAUACAUUGAACCGUCAUGAUUCAUAUACGUCUAUCCUAAACUACUGUUCAUAUUGUCAGAAGUACUGUAGCUAUGCCAGUCACUACUGAUUCUGAGAUAAUAUAAUUGGAAUUGCAAGAAAACGUAGGGGAUUUCGUUUUACACGCAUGAAACGUUCUUUCUUUGAUUGAUUGAAGGACCACAUGUCAAAACGUGUUUAAAGGAGAGAAUCGGAAGUGUGUUUUUAAUAUUGCGUAUUUUAACUGUCGGACAGUGUUCAUUCAUCAGUAUUGCAUUGUACAGAAGAAAUGCAACGAUAUCCUACCAAAACCAACGUCAAUAAACCGACACAACUAUAAUUGUUUAACUUUAGAAUAGGGUUAAGCCGCAGAUCAUCAGGAAGAGGAUUCUAUGUUUGCAAAAAAAAACACAAUAAAUGAGUUUCAGUUUGAGAGAUCACGCUGAUUCUGCAUUUCUCAUCCACCUUAGGUCCAAUAUCGCAGACUGGGAACUAGUACCAAUUUAAAGUACCAAGUAAAAACAGAAAUCACCAGAGUAUUCCUCAGUCUGUCCAUUUUUCAUUUUCUGAUACUUGAGGGUUGCGAGACGCGACGGAUAUUAUGUAUACAGUAUAGGUGUACCCUUUUUAGGUGUUACUCGCCGAAAGCGCCGAAGCUUAAAGAGCAUAUCGAUGCUCAAAAACUGCUAAUUUGAACUAUUUCUGUUCUGGUUUGAAAAGGAGCAACUUGCAGACUUGACCAACAGUUUUCAUGCAGGGUCCACAAAAAGCACCGCACGUCCCUGGAUGCGUGCGCGUACUUUUUCAAACCUGCUUUCCCAUUCAUGUUUUACAUCAAGGAAACCCCGAGAUCUCAAAUCUUCUCACUGCGGUCUGCGUCUCCGGUCUGUUUUAGAGAGGCGACUACAACCCAGCCACCCUCCGUGAUCUCAUACACCUCAGGGCUAAACCGCCGCUGCGGCUGCUGCUGCUUCUACUAUUAAUUGUUAAUAAAAAAAAAAUGUGUUGGCUUUGGUCUCCGUCCCCCCCCGCAGACCUGGUUUCACGGCGUCAGGUAUCAUUACACCUUGCAUAGCAGCAGUCUGACAGCCUGACGAAGCGCCCCCCGUGCUGUACAUACAGUACUGUACAAUACCGUUCAGCAGCAGGAGCGCCUACAAAGCAGGACGUGCACACAGCUUCUGACGUCUCUGGCCACACUGCGCAUCCGAGAAAACUCGACCUCCAUCGGAAACAAGGAGUUUCGAGCCGGGCAGACCAGGGGAAGAAAAGUGCCCAGCUCUCCGUAACGAAAAGAAAGUCAUUCCUCUUUCCGUUGUUAUGUUUUGCGGCUGGGUCUGGAAAUAUCCCCGCGCCAAAAGACCCAUGCAAGGAGGCUGCAAAGCCCCGACAUGGCGACAAGAAAGAGGGGAGAUCUUUUUACCGUUUUAGAGACCAGCGCCGAAACAGACAAGGACACGGUCUGCGACGCAGCCUCAUUCCCCCUUAACCUGUCCGCAGACGUCAAGUGGCUAGAAAUCCCUUUCAGAAAGCCCGACCGGGAGGGAGAAGAAGGGGCAGAGGACGAAGAAGGGGAGGACGGAGAGGAGGGUUUCGAAAGCGAGACGGCGGCAGCAGCUGCGGACAUAGCUACCCGCGUAUCAGCCGGCAGCUGCAAAGUCAUUUUAGCCACCGACAGUGAGAUCAAGCAGGAGGACUCGGACGACGCCUAUGACGCCAGCGGCUGCCCGGAAAACACAGCCAACGACUCGGAUAUUGAUUUCUCCGAUCUGGAAGAGGAGCCGGCGGACCUCAGCGGUGCCAUCGCGGAGCUAGACGAAGACUGCACCUCGCCGAGCUUCUGGGGGGAGCCUGACCAACCCAUCACGGUAGAGGAGUUCACUGCCAGCUCCGGCCCGCAGCACACGCUGGGAGCUGAAGCAGACGCCCGUGACUAUUUCCGGCUGCUGUUCCCCGACUCCCUGUUCGAGCACAUGGUGGAGCAAACAAACAAGUACGCCAUCUACAGACAGCGGAGGAGCGGGAAAGCGGACCCACACUGGCGCCCCACUGAUCUGAGGGAGAUGCAGGCUUACAUCGGCCUCAAUGUCUUGAUGGGCAUCAACCAGCUGCCAGAUUACGGCAUGUACUGGGCCACUGACAUCUUCAUCGGCAACGCGGGCUUCAAGAAGACCAUGACAGCCCGCCGCUUCGAGAAGCUGAACCAGAACAUUCACCUGUGCGACCGGGAGGCUGAGCCGGCCCGCGGGCAGCCGGGCUACGACGGGCUCUACAAGAUCCGGCCCCUGCUGGAGGUGGUGCAGGCCAAGAUGUGGGAGGCCUACGCCCCGAACAGGUGCCUCACAGUGGACGAAGGGGCGAUUGCCGUGAAGGGGCGCUUCUCUGCCACGCAGUACAUGCCCUCCAAGCCCAUUAAAAGGGGCCUCAAAGUCUGGAUGCUGUGCGAUUCCAAGUCUGGCUACUGCCACCGCGCUGACAUCCACGUGGGGCGAGCCAGCGAGGACGCCGGCGGCACGGGCUUUCGGGUGGUGACGUCGCUGGUUCGGGGGCUGGAGGGCAAGCACCACCACAUCUUCUCCGACAGCUUCUUCACCUCCGUCCCCCUGGCGCAGCGGCUGCUGGAGCAGGGGCUGUACGUCUGCGGCACCACGCAGCAGAGCCGCCAGGGCUUCCCGGACGCCCUGAAGCUGAAGAACGUGGGCCGGCUGGCGCCGGGCGAGUUCUUCCAGUGCCAGCACGGCAACCUCCUGGCCACCGUGCUGCGGGACACCAAGGUGGUCAGCUGCCUGUCCUCGAACGCGGCGCCCGGGAUCGUGGGGAUCAGCCAGGGCAAGCAGAGGGACGGCGCGGCGGCCGGCGUGCCCCGGCCCCUGCCCCUGCUGCUGUACCAGGAGCACAUGCGGGGCGUGGACCUGUGCGACCAGCUGCGCGAGUGCUACCAGGUGGGCCGGCCCUGCAAGAAGUGGUGGCGCUACUUCCUGUGGUUCUACCUCAACAUCUGCAUCGUCGACGCCUUCAUCGUCCUGCGGGAGAGCCGCGGCGGGGCCCCGCCCCCGGGCUUCGGCGGCAAGCAGUUCACCCAGCGCCACUUCCGCGUCCGGCUGGCGCGGCAGCUCAUCGGCGACUACCAGGGCGCCCGGGGCGUGGAGCGCGCCUCCCGCAAGAGGCACGCCGACUCGCCGGUGGAGUACGGGCACCGCCUGGAGCGCAUGUCCGAGCGCUCGCGCCGCUGCCGCAACUGCACCAACAAGGGCCUGCGGCACGAGAGCGUCUUCGGCUGCAAGAUCUGCAACGUGCACCUGUGCCGCGGGGGCUGCUUCGCCGAGUUUCACAAGUGAACCCCCCGUCUCCAAACACGGUUGGACCACGUUUAGGGACUGCCGGGACCCCGGGGUUCUGGCAGCAGUGGGAUAUUAAAGCAGCUACUGCGUAUCGCCCUGGCAGCCCACUGAACCGGCAGCCCCACUGAAGCUCAGCAGGCGUGAGC